AUUGUGGGACAGCAAUGGCUGCCGUCUUGAUUGUAAACAUUUGCGUCGUGUUUACGCAAGUCGCAGUUUAAACACUCUCGUGUGACAGGCAUAGGUCCCCUGUUUUCCGGACUGCUCGUCGGUCCGUUAGCUGAACUCAAAUCUUUAACUUUAUUGACCGUUUCUGCCUCUGAGACCCAGAGAAACACGCGGCUGUUUCCCGCAGUUUUCAGCCGGCCUCGGACCAGCUAACGCUAGCUGCUAUAGCUGCUCCAUCUGAUACAAUGGACGAUGAUGUGUCCAUUCACAGGCUGGAAGGGUCUGAUCCAGCUGCUCAGGUCGGCGGUCUCAUUGUAAAGAAGAAGAGUGCUGCUGCGGAGCCCCAUGUUUUUCGGGCACCCACUCCACGCACAUCUCUGCUGGGCUUGGAUCUGCUGGCGGCCCAGAAAAGGAAGGAACGUGAGAGUAAGGAACAGGGAGAUGCUGGUGGUGAAGACGGACACAGAAAGAAGUCAAAGGUUUCCUCCUACAAGGACUGGGAGGAAAGUAAAAGUGACUCUGGGUCUGAUGAAGACGACGACGAUAAGAACAGAAAUGCUAAGAAGGAGAGUCUUUCCAGCAGGAAGUAUCGUGUGACUGGCUCUGAGACGCCCUCAAACCCUGGAGGGGUCAGUGAGGAGUUCAAACGCAGACACCAGCAGAGAGAGAAAGACAGACGUGAGCAUGGAGUCUACGCCUCGUCCAAAGAGGACAGGAACAGAGAAAGAGACCGGGAAAGGAGCAGAGACAAGGGCAGAGACCGAAGGAGUGAAAGAGAUGAGCGAGAGAGCGGCCAUAGUCGCAGCAGCAGGUCUGAGCGCAGUGAGAGGAGUGAGAGGAGUGAGCGCUCACAGAGAGACGGCUGGUCCGAUCGCAUCAGCCGGGGGAGUAAAAGAGAUGAACCCCUGACACCACAGCAUCGCCCCAGAGAUGCUUUCACACCCUCACGCUCCAACUGGGAUGAGGAUGACAGUGGUUAUGCCAGUUCAAGGCAUUCCCAGUGGGAGUCUCCGUCCCCUGCUCCAUCUCACAGAGAGUCGGAUCGCUCAGAGCGAAGCCAUCGCUCCGUCCGAGCCAGUGAGAGGAGGGACAGGUCAGUCAGAGGCCGUUACCCUGACGACACACCCCUGCCAACACCGUCCUACAAGUACAACGAUUGGGCCAAUGACAGGAAGCAUUUGGGUUCUACACCUCGUUUAUCACAAGGAAAAGGGAGGAAAGAAGAUGGUGAGGGAGGAAUUAUGUUUGAUAAUGAGGAUGAGAAAGAACAGUGGGAGGAGGACCAGAAGCAAGCUGACAGAGAUUGGUACAUGAUGGAUGAAGGCUAUGAUGAGUUCCACAACCCUUUCACCUCCACGUCUGAUGAAUAUAUAAAGAAGAGAGAACAGAUCCUUCAGAAACAGACUCAGAAAAGAAUAUCUGCCCAGAAGCGACAGAUCAAUGAGGAUAAUGAGCGGUGGGAGACCAACCGUAUGCUGACCAGUGGUGUGGUGCAGAGGCUGGAGGUGGAUGAAGACUUUGAGGAGGACAAUGCUGCAAAGGUUCACCUGCUGGUUCACAACCUGGUCCCACCUUUCCUGGAUGGAAGAAUAGUCUUCACUAAACAGCCUGAGCCUGUCAUCCCUGUGAAAGAUUCGACCUCUGACAUGGCCAUUAUCUCCCGAAAGGGCAGCCAGCUUGUCCGUAAACAUCGUGAGCAGAAAGAACGCAAGAAGGCACAGCACAAACACUGGGAAUUGGCAGGUACCAAGUUGGGAGAUAUCAUGGGGAUCAAGAAGACAGAGGAUGAAGAUGCCUCUGGAGGCAAAGCAGUGGGCGAGGACGGCAAAGUAGACUACAGAGCAGAGCAGAAGUUUGCAGACCACAUGAAGGAGAAAUCCGAAGCCAGCAGUGAGUUUGCCAAGAAGAAGAGCAUCCUGGAGCAGAGGCAGUACCUGCCUAUCUUUGCUGUGAGACAGCAACUUCUCAACAUCAUAAGGGACAACAGCAUAGUGAUUGUUGUCGGGGAGACGGGCAGCGGGAAGACCACCCAGCUGACCCAGUACCUGCAUGAGGAUGGCUACACCAGCUACGGCAUGGUGGGCUGCACUCAGCCCAGAAGAGUGGCAGCCAUGAGCGUGGCCAAGAGAGUCAGCGAGGAGAUUGGCACCAACCUCGGAGAGGAGGUUGGCUAUGCAAUCCGUUUUGAGGACUGCACGUCAGAGAAGACUCUGAUAAAGUACAUGACAGAUGGUAUCCUGCUCAGAGAGUCACUGAGGGAGUCAGACCUGGACCACUACAGUGCUGUUAUCAUGGACGAGGCUCACGAGCGCUCCCUGAAUACUGAUGUACUGUUUGGCCUGUUACGUGAGGUUGUAUCUCGACGGACUGAUUUGAAACUCAUUGUUACCUCUGCAACGAUGGACUCAGACAAGUUUGCUGCAUUUUUCGGCAAUGUACCUAUUUUCCAUAUUCCAGGAAGAACAUUUCCAGUAGACAUUUUGUUUAGCAAGACACCUCAGGAGGACUACGUGGAGGCAGCAGUGAAACAAGCCCUGCAGAUCCACCUCAGUGGGAUGGUGGGAGACAUCCUCAUCUUUAUGCCCGGGCAGGAGGAUAUCGAGGUGACCUCAGAUCAGAUCGUGGAACGGUUGGAGGACUUGGAGAACGCUCCACCUCUGGCUGUGCUGCCCAUUUACUCCCAGCUGCCAUCUGACCUUCAGGCCAAGAUCUUCCAGAAGGCUCCAGAUGGUGUGAGGAAAUGCAUUGUUGCUACAAACAUCGCUGAGACUUCCCUCACUGUGGAUGGAAUCAUGUUUGUUGUGGAUGCAGGAUACUGCAAACUCAAGGUUUUCAAUCCUCGUAUUGGAAUGGAUGCUCUGCAGGUUUAUCCCAUCAGCCAGGCUAAUGCCAACCAGCGUGCUGGCAGAGCAGGACGUACAGGACCGGGGCAGUGUUACAGGCUUUAUACCCAGAGCGCUUUUAAGAACGAGAUGCUGACUACCACCAUACCAGAGAUCCAGAGGACCAACCUGGCCAAUGUAGUCCUGCUGUUGAAGUCUCUGGGUGUUCAGGAUUUACUCCUCUUCCACUUCAUGGAUCCGCCACCCGAGGACAACAUGCUCAACUCCAUGUACCAGCUCUGGAUUCUGGGAGCUCUGGACAACACAGGUGCUCUGACACCGACGGGCCGUCUGAUGGUGGAGUUUCCCCUUGACCCCGCCCUCUCCAAGAUGCUGAUUGUGUCAUGUGACAUGGGCUGCAGCGCUGACAUCCUCAUCAUCGUCUCCAUGUUGUCUGUGCCGGCCAUCUUCUACAGACCUAAGGGUCGUGAGGAAGAGAGUGACCAGGUGAGGGAGAAGUUCUCCGUCCCAGAGAGCGACCACCUCACCUACCUUAACGUUUAUAUGCAGUGGAAGAACAACAACUACUCCAGCAUCUGGUGCAACGAGCACUUCAUCCACACCAAGGCCAUGCGCAAGGUGCGUGAGGUGCGCUCUCAGUUAAAGGACAUCAUGGUGCAGCAGAGGAUGAACCUGGUUUCCUGUGGCUCAGACUGGGACAUCAUCAGAAAGUGCAUAUGUGCUGCUUACUUCCACCAGGCUGCCAAGCUCAAGGGCAUUGGGGAAUAUGUGAACGUGAGGACAGGCAUGCCGUGUCACCUCCAUCCCACCAGCUCCCUGUUUGGUAUGGGCUACACUCCUGACUACAUCAUCUACCACGAGCUUGUCAUGACCACCAAGGAGUACAUGCAGUGUGUGACUGCAGUGGAUGGAGAAUGGCUGGCAGAGCUGGGGCCCAUGUUUUAUAGCAUCAAACAUGCAGGAAAAAGCCGACAGGAGAACCGUCGGCGGGCCAAGGAGGAGAUCAACAACAUGGAGGAGGAGAUGGCCCUGGCUGAGGAGCAGCUGAAGGCGCGACGGGAUGAGCAGGAGAAGAAGAACAACACUGGCAGUGUUAGGGGCUUGAAAAUCUGCACACCAGGAAGAAAAGAAGAAACCCCCAUGACGCCCAGACGCACCCCCGCCCGCUUCGGACUGUAAAACUCCUUAGAGCUCAUCGUCAUCAGGUCAUCUUGUACCCCACCAGCACAAGGACACACUGUAACUUCCAGGUACCAUUUGUCCCUCCCAGCAUGGCCAGAAUCAGCUGCAGUUCAUAUACAGACCACUAGAGUGAGAACUUGUAUAAGGCACAAAACUCAAAGGAUGAGCCAGGACCACAGAAAUGCCUCCCUCCGCCUUCAUCAGCCAGCUGAUUCCAUAACGCUUUUCAAGACGAAGACUAAAGGAUGGCUCUGUUGGUUAUUAUAUGUACAGUAUGUAUAUCUGCUCAUUACUGACGUGUUUUCACACACAAUGAUUUUACCUGCGCUACAAACAUUUAAUUUUCUAUCUGUUGUCAGAGGGAGCCUGAUAGACAGUGAUGCCAUUCCAGUGUUACCUGUCUUUUUACUUGUUCUUGUUCUGUUGUGGCUUCAGCAGUGUGUGUGCCACCAUGAAGGGCUCCUUCACUGACUGAAGCACUACUCACACUGUACUUGUGGUAUGAGUGUCUUCACACUCUAGAUUUGUAUUGUUACACUCAACACACACAACACACUCAUGCAGGCUUUGACCAAUUGACCUUUUUGGACUUUUCAGUUACUCUUGUUCUAACAGUGUAAUGUACCACAGCUUUGCUUCAUCAUACAAAACAUCAGCGUGCUGGAUUAAACAUAUCCACUGUUUUAUUUCCACAGUGCUCGUGUUGAAAAUA